UAGCAAGUGAAGAGCCCAUUACUUUAAUUUUAAUCAUUGAUCGUUUGCCCAUCGGUUGUUGUUGUGUGGCCCGGUUUAGGAGAAUUCCCACAAUUUGUUCUAAGCCCAAAUAAAAAGUAAUCAAAUAAAAGCCACAACCCCAGAGACACAAGUUCGCGAGCCGGUUUAGUCAUCCAAAAGUUCCGAGAACUGAGCGCAACGUUGAGAUACAUUCGCGUUAUUCUCAUUCCGUAUCGCUGGUCACCAGCUGUUGGCCACAAUGCCUCCGUACCUGCUGGAUAUUUGCCUUACCCUGGAGCUUCGUAGACCGCGAUAAGAUAUCGCCAACUAGUGGUGAAUAAAGCCAGAUACUCGUACUCGAAACUGCGAAAAAAAAUCCAUAUACGACAAACAAACGGAAAAGAAAAUCGCACAGUUCGGUGCCAGUGUUUAAAGUUAAAUCGAGCGCUUAUCUUAUCGGCUAGCCAUUGAUUGAGCUUUGCCUUUCCGCUCGGCUUUCUGCUCCGGGUGAAGUCAUUUGCCCACAAUUGGCCCGUUUUAGAUACUGUAUCUGCUGCGGCCGUAUCUAAUGCAGCAGCCAAAGCAGUCGCGAUAAUAACGACCUCCUUCAGUGUCAGUUGCUCUGCAAUCGCCGUCUAAAUUUAGAGCCAGAUCAGGAGAGUGGGAAAAGAUCUGGCCAAAACUAAAACCAAAACCAAACCAGACGCACUCGGAAAUCGUAAAUCGUAAAUCAAGCAGCCGGAGGAGACCAAGAUGGACAUAGAAUCCGAUUCGGACACCUCGGAGAGAUGGGAGGACUUUUUUGGCAGCUCCACCGAGUUGGCACCCUCACUGCUGGGCAUCUACGACACAUUGACAAACAGCUUUGCCGCGGGGGGCGUGGCAGCUGCUCCCACAGCGACAUCUCACGAAUCGAAGGCAUCCAGCAGCGGCGACUCGACGCCCAAGAGGAGCAACAGUAACUGCAGCAACAGCAGCAGCAGCAGCACUGCCUCAUCCACUGGCAGCUGCUCGAGUGUACCCACCAGCGAUGACCAGUCCGCCAGCUACACGCUAGCCGGCUCCAGCAAGCAUUUGAGCCACCAGGAGCCACCUGCUCCGCUGGUGGUUGCUGGACUGCGGGACGAACCGGAUGGCGCUCAGUUGAGCAGGUUGGUGCAGCGCCGGAGCCAGGAGUCGCAGAUCCACGGCAGCAGCAGCAGCAUAGCCUCGAGUGGCGGCAGCAGUCGACGGGGUAGCAACAUUCGCAUCCUUUCGCCCAAUGUGCACCGCAUCAUCACGCACUCGGAUAUCCAGCCAGUGGAGGCGGUGUCCGCGGAGGCACUGAAACAGCACCAGCAGCAAUCCCAGCGGAGUCCCACCCACGGCCGGUACAUAAAGACCGGUCAUAGCGGAACACCACCGGCCGCUAGUUCCACGCCCAAGCUCAAACUGUCGCACAUACCGCUGUCCAAGAUCACCGGCAAGUUGUCCACCCAGUCGGGCAGCGAACUGGUGUCCACCUUCGAUUCCAGCAACGAGUAUCUGAACUCGGUGGCCUUCGCCGCCUUUGAGAAAUCCAAGCCGCAGGACGAGGAUCGCACACCAACGAACAAAUCGGUACCAGGCACUCCCUUCCAUUUCGAUGGGCAUCCGUUUCAAGGACGCAAACUAACCCUGCCCCGCUACGAUUCCCAGCAGAGCAUCAAGCUGAUCGAAAUGGAGCAGCUGGCGGCCACCAGUGCACAACUGCUGCAUGCCAAGCCCGCCACGCCCGGAACUCCGGCCACGCCCACGCCCAAUGCCACAAAGCCCAAGGAGUUCGUGUGCAGUGAGCCACUGAGUCCCGUGGAUAUAGUGGCCACCAUUAACUUUGAUCUGGUGGCGCAGCAUAUGGAGCGAUUGACGCUGGCGGAUCCAGGAGAUCUGGAUCCACGGGCGGAGCUCAUUGAGGCGGUGAACAAGACACUGGUUAGCAAGCCGCUGGUCAGGAGCUCCUCCGCCGCCUGUGCCUCCACGAUCUGCAGCUCACCGCUGCUGACCUAUGCCCGCACCAAGAGCUUGGGCGCCAAGGCCAGCACUCUGGGCGGCGGAGUGCCUCUCAAGCUGCCCACUGCCGAGCAGCUGGCCGAGCUGGAGGAGGCCAACAAGCUGUCGGCGGAGAGUCUGGACAGGCUGACGGAUAUCAAGCCCAAGUUUGCCGCUCGCCUCAGUGAGCUGGCCAGGCUAAACAAUCGCCCACUGUCCUCCUCCUCCAUUUGCUCCACCUCCUCCAGUUCCAGUUCCGGGUCGGACCAGCUGCUCAAUGGCAAACUGACGGCCACUUCCUACCUGGCCAGCGUGGAAAGUCUGGCGGAGAGCGAGAACGAGCUGGGCGACCAACACCAUCCGCCAGCGAUGAGUGUGCUCGAGAAAACCUGCCUGGAGAUCAUCGACUCGGAGCGCAGCUUCGUCGAGGAUUUGGGUCAGGUCAUCAAGGGGUACCUGCUCGACUGGAAGGAGCGUGCCUGUCUGCGCGUAGACGAAUUGCAAAUACUCUUUGCGAACAUUGAAGAGAUUUAUGAAUUCAACUCGAUGCUUCUGCAGCGACUUAUCAACACGGGAAGGGAUCCCGGUAGAAUUGCCAGGUGCUUCAUUGACCUGCGCGAUGGCUUUGAUGUGUACACAACCUACUGCACAAGCUACCCGGAAGCCAUAUCGCUGCUGACCAAGUUGCUGCAGGCCACGCACACGUACUCACUGCUCGCCUCCACGCAAAAGCUGCUCCAACAUCGCCUGCCCCUGGGAUCCUAUCUGCUGAAGCCGGUGCAGCGCAUCCUCAAGUACCAUCUGCUGCUGGACAGUCUGCGCAAGCACUGCGAUGUGAAGGAGGUGGUCGAGGCGCAUGUGAUCAUGCGUCAGGUGGCGCACAACAUUGACCAGGUGAAGCGAAAGCAGGAGCAGCAGAGUCGCGUCAAGGAGCUGUCCGGCAUUCUGGACGGCUGGCUGGGACCAGAGCUCACUGUCCUGGGAGAGCUGCGCCAAGAGGGUCUGCUGAUGGAGCAGCACAACAAACAGCGCCUGGUACUCCUAUUCGCCACCAUGCUGAUCAUCACCAAGCAGAAGGAGGACGGCCGCCUGCAGUUCAAGACAUACAUUUCGCAAAACAAUCUGAUGCUGAGCGAACACUUGCCGGGUGAGCCGACCAGCUUCUAUGUCAUACCCUUCGACGAGCCGCGCCAUCAAAUCAAACUGACGGCCCGGAAUCGUGACCAGAAGCGCAUCUGGACGCAGCACAUCAAAGGUGUCAUGCUGGAGAAGCUGGACAUACCGAUGCGCGCCAAGGAGCUGGUCUAUCAGCUGGGCAACGAGGAAGAUCGCACGCCAGAUCGCAGCACCUGGAAGUGGAGCCUUCAUUCCGGAAGCAACUCGACGCCCACAUACCUGGAGCGUAGGAAUGCCUGCCGGCGGAGUGAGAUACGGCAGCGGAACUCCAAGUUCAAGCGGAAGACGGUGGCCAACUCCAGUUCCUUUGACAGCUUCAAUGAGUCCCUGGAGCAGGAGGAGGAAUCGGUUAGCCAGGCGAAGCCCUCAAAGCCUCUGGCCAGAAACAACAGCCUGGACGAUACGGCACUGCAGAAACUGGCUGCUGCCAUGCGAUAUCGCAAACGGGAUGCUGCAGUGAAGGAGGAGACGAAGACGCCGGUCAAGGAGCCGGAGUGUAAGUGCAACCAGGAUGAGCGGGCGGAGGAGUGUUCCUGCAUUCUGCGGGAUCGGGAUCAGCGCAGUCGCAGUGCCAAGUCGCAUUCGCCCGUCUUCAGCUACAAGGCACUCAAGGAGCGCAGUAAGUCGGUUCCCCGGAUCGGUGGCUUCAGCUUGGACGAGGAGGCGGAGAGGGAACGCGAACAGGACGAGGAUAGUCCCGCCUCUCUGCGGGGAAGCAGACCCGAUCUCACAGAGCGCAAGACCAAGGGAAAGGGAUUCUUUGAGGUCAAGCAAUACAAUCACAAGACGAUGCCCAAGAAGAUAGCCAACUUGAAGAAGCAACGAAGUAGCACCACCAAGAGCUGCUCCAGAUUCUACAUGGAUCUCAGCGAAUUCGAUAGCAGCAGCGCCACUGUGCUCAAGAUAACCGAAUCCACCGAGGAGCUGCGUCCAGACGGGGAAAUCGAACUGGCCCAGGAGGCCGCCACUCUGGAUGAUUCCACGCAGGAUCAGUAUUACAAUCCGGAUCAGGAGACCGAAUUGCUGUCCCCAGCCGAGAAGUCAAAACGAGAUGCGCAAAUAGUCCUUGACUUACUGAAAAACAACAAGGAAUUCGAGAGGAUAUACAACAAACAGCAGAAGAGGCGCGAAAGUCCAGUGAGUCCCGAUAUAAGUCGUGGACCCAUCCUGCCGCCGCCACGCCCACCAUCGCGAUCUCCACCACCCCUGGAAUUGGAGGAGCAGAAGAAGAAAACAGUCGAAGAGGUGGAUUCAGUGGGCGAGGAGCCCAUCUACGAGACUCUGCUGCGCAAUGUCCAUGUGCCUUACAAGUUCUCACCAGUGAUGGGGCGAGCCAAGUCAUCGCAGAUGCUGAAGAAGAGAUCGAAGACUGCCCCCGCAGCUUCGCGACCGGAAUCGGACUACGUCACCCUGGUUUACUCGCCCGAAGGCGUUCUGCAGCGAGUGGGCGAGGAGACAGUGCAGCGGGAUAGCUGCAGUUCCUCCACCACUUCGACAUCCUCGAAUGGAUCAGGAUCCACGUUGAAACGCGACAGCCAGAGCACGGUGAUCAAUCUAUCCAUGGAGGCGGUGCAGGAGCAUGGAUCACGACCCUUGCCGAAGAACUCCGUUUCGGGAUCGGAGAGUUCGCUGCUGCCGCGAGCCCUGAAGUCCAUAGACAACCUGAGCAUGGCCUUCGGACGCUCCAACCGACCGCCGGAGCGCCGGGUGUCCGAUGUCAGCGAGAUGUGCCGGCAGAGUGUGCUGCAUCGCCAGGGCAGCGAGGCGGUGGGCGAGAGGAUGGCCCACGUGGACUACGCUGAUCCCAAGGCGCUUUUUAGCCUGGGCGUACUCAACCACUCGGAACGGGACUCGGUUUUCUCGCUGACCUCCUCCUCCAGCGACAGCAUGUGCGAGCAGCAGCGCAAGCGAUCCGGAGUGGAGCCGCCAGGCGCCACCUUCGAGUACGAGCAGCAGGUGGAGGAUAGCCUGGAGAACGAUUUCCGCGACUCGGCCAUUUACAGCGAUGACAACGAGAAGCGUUCCGGCGACUACGAUGUCCAUCUACGUCGUCCCAGCAGUCCGCCUCCUCCGCCGCCUCCGCUGGGACCACGUCCCCAUCAGUCUGCGCCACAGAUUGCACCCAAGCCGCCCAAGGAUCAGCUCAUCCAGCAAGGAUCGGGCGUCAUCGUCUGCCAGUCGGCCUCGCGCAGUUGGGUUCUGCAGCAGAUCGAGAACUUCAACAAGUAGGAGGAUCCUAGUGAUGCACAGAGGAGCCGUUGUACACGACCCAUUGCCAUAAAUGAAAUUCCUUUAUUAUUUCUACAUGUACAUAGUUCUAAGUGUCUGAUACACACUUUGUAUGCAAUGCUAAUCUUAGAUAAUCUUAGUCGACUGUUUUAUAUUUAGAGCUUAGUUGCAUAAACGCAGAGUCAUUUAAUAAAGUUCGUAAUCAAUUUGAAAA